CUGAGUGGGCGAACUUGACGGAAGCUGAGAAGAGUCCGUUCUUUGCUGAGUCCAAUAAACUGAGGCUGCAACACAUGGAGAAAUAUCCCAACUAUAAGUAUCGUCCGAAACGCAAGGUGAGGAACCUGUCAACAUAUCAAAGCAGGUCUUGUUCGCAAUAUCCAAUAUUGCUGGACUUGAUGGAAGGUUUCCAGCCUUUCCUCACAACGCCUCAGCAGGCUCAGCAGGCUCAGCAUGUACCUGAACGAGCCACACACUUCCAAGAGGAACUAACACGGCCCUUGACAUCGCAUCACCAGUCCGCCUUGUCUUCGUCUCUGGAUCACAGAAUCGAUACACAAGCACACACACUUUCUCCUCUCAACCAUUCUGCACACCAUGAGUCAAAGUUUGCAGGAAUGCGACCACCGCUUUACCACCAAGUCUUGCACCAGGAAAGCCUUGUAAAGCACUGCGAUGCACUGGCUGGCUCUUCCGCAUCACCCCAUGUAUCUCCUCCCACUCAAUAUUUGGCCGCAUCUUUCCCUUUCCCUAAUUCUAAACCAACAACAAACACUUUUGCUCGGCCGUCUCAAGUCCACUACCCUCCUCCACUGAACCUGGUAGAUAACUCCAACAAAGCACACAAAACAGACGUGUUCCGACCAUGGGAAUCAAACAGUUGCAAGGAUGAAGUCUCACAUUUUCCUGGCAGUAAUAACCUAGGCAUGUGAGGGACGAGUCAGGGAUAUGGGAAUGGUGCACUACAUCAGGCUGUAAAUAACCCGCCAUAUAAGUACUAGGGAGGUCUGUUGAUGUUAUAUAGUAGUAUACCGGUAGCUACAUCCACUUGUUUGUUCCCUUUUCCACGAAACCAACUGAUAAUGCUUGUAUAAAUUGCUUA